CCCGGCCCUCCCCUCCCCUCCUGCACCUGACCGGGGGGUAUUUACAGCACUUUUCAAGCAGCCUUUGCGCUGCAUGGAUUUUACUGCAUGGGGUUAGCAGGGCAGGCGACGCUACAGAGGACCAAUGCGCUAGCAGCCAGGCUCUCUGCUGCUCGGAAGGCGGGGACCGUUAUUCUGUCCUGCGGGAGACUCUGAGAGGAGCGGGCGAGCCUGCCUUCAACAUGCCGCGAUCUUUUCUGGUCAAGAAGCAUUUCAACUCUUCCAAAAAGCCCAAUUACGGCGAACUGGAUACUCAUGCAGUGAUAAUUUCCCCAUACCUGUAUGAGAGCUACCCAAUGCCUGUAAUUCCACAACCAGAGAUCCUCAGUUCAGUCGCUUACAACCCCAUCACUGUCUGGACUACAACUGGGCUGCUGCCUUCCCCUUUACCCAGUGACCUCUCACCUCUCUCUGGAUAUCCCUCAUCUUUGGGAAGAGUCAGCCCACCUCCUCAUUCUGACACUUCCUCCAAGGAUCAUAGCGGCUCAGAGAGUCCCAUUAGUGAUGAAGAAGAGAGAAUCCAGUCCAAGCUUUCAGAUCCCCAUGCAAUUGAAGCUGAAAAAUUUCAGUGUGGUUUAUGCAGCAAGACCUAUUCGACUUUCUCUGGACUGGCCAAACACAAGCAGUUGCACUGUGAUGCCCAGUCUAGGAAAUCUUUCAGUUGUAAAUACUGUGACAAGGAAUAUGUGAGCCUGGGAGCUCUUAAGAUGCACAUCAGGACCCACACUCUACCUUGUGUUUGCAAGAUCUGUGGCAAGGCUUUCUCCAGACCCUGGUUACUCCAAGGACACAUCAGAACUCAUACUGGAGAGAAGCCUUUUUCAUGCCCUCAUUGCAACAGAGCAUUUGCAGACCGUUCUAAUUUGAGAGCCCAUCUGCAGACCCACUCAGAUGUGAAGAAAUACCAGUGCAAAAAUUGUUCCAAAACUUUCUCUCGAAUGUCUCUUCUGCACAAACAUGAGGAAUCUGGCUGCUGCGUAGCACACUGAGUUUACUUGGGCUCCACACAUUGCUCCACGCCUUUCCAGCUAGCUAAGAGGCAGCCCCCGAUGCAUUUGAUCUCCAGCUCCCCAAUCCCCCCUCCCAAGAAGAUGCAAAAAAUCCAAAGUCGGUUGUUUAAGUGUGACACGGCGUGAUACAAAAACAGGAAGAAACAAAUGCCAAAUGUACACACACUCUUGUUUUUUUCUUUUGCUAAGUCAGCACAACAUAGCUAAUAUCACAUUCCCAUCAGAUGCAGCCACCCAGAGAAGCAUUUUGGUAUGGAAAAAGCAAUCCAAUGCCACAAGUGUAUGUCAGCUACCAAAUAUCCAAAGGUGUCUUUCUGAAUAUUCCAAUCAAGUCAAUUGGCAUCUAAUAGGACAGUUUGUUGCUGUUGUUCUAGAAUUGCACGCCUCUUGGCUAGUGACCUGAAAUGCCUUCAGACUCUCUAACAUUCAUAAGAAGAAAAGAAUGUAUGUCCACCUGCCAUGUUUUAACAGUAUGUGCCUUUGUAAAACUGUCACUGCAGCCAUUCCUGGUGCCUGCUUGAUUCAUAUUUCCUUUUUUUGUUGUUGUUUUGCGGAUGUUAAUUUGUUUUUUUUUAAAAAACGGGAAUAAGUGCAAGAGUGAGGGUUGAUGGGAGUUUGACAAUGGAAUUCUUAAAAGCUUUUUUCCUAAAUGCACAAAGGAAAUGCAAUAUUGUGAGCAAUACCCUCCAAGUGCCUUUUUUUUAAAAAAUGGAUAACUUUUGUUUUAGUAUGUGGACAUAAUGUAAAUAGUUUUAUUUUUAUAUGACUGAAUGGGUCCUGAAAUGAAAUAUUACCUAUAGCAAUGCCUAUAGGCACCUUGAAGAAAGUGUGAAGCAAAUGUCUUCUAUUGUUUUCUAUAAAUAAUUUUUGUACAAUAAACAUUUUGGAGUAAUAAGUGUGUAAUUCAUCCUGUAUUAGGUUCCAGAUGUGUGUUCUGACCCAGUCAUGUCAGCAUCUCACUGAAAAUAUGAAUGUAAUGGAUGUCAGUGGGGAAACCUAGGUGGAUGGGAGAGCUUUGUAUACAGACUGGAGUUUCCAUAACUUCCGUGGGUUCUGCAGCCUAAUCCUCUGCAAGUUUAUCCAGAAGUAAA